CAGCCGGCCAGCGUGUUCCAGGACGCCGCCAUGGGCAAGGUGAAUGUGGCCAAGCUGCGGUACCUGAGCCGGGACGACUUCAGGGUCCUGACAGCGGUUGAAAUGGGCAUGAAGAACCACGAGAUCGUUCCCUGCAGUUUGAUUGCGUCCAUAGCCAGCCUUAAACAUGGUGGCUGCAAUAAAGUUUUGAGAGAGUUAGUGAAGCAUAAACUCGUAGCCUGGGAGCGUACCAAAACUGUGCAGGGCUAUCGGCUGACAAACGCGGGCUAUGACUACCUUGCUUUGAAGACACUUUCUUCUAGACAGGUGGUCGAGUCUGUUGGAAACCAAAUGGGCGUCGGCAAAGAAUCAGACAUCUAUAUCGUUGCAAAUGAGGAGGGACAGCAGUUUGCCUUGAAGCUCCACAGGCUGGGAAGAACCUCCUUCCGGAAUCUGAAAAACAAGCGUGACUACCACAAGCACAGGCACAGCGUGUCUUGGCUUUACUUGUCUCGUCUCUCUGCCAUGAAGGAGUUUGCCUACAUGAAGGCAUUACACGAGAGGAACUUUCCUGUUCCAAAACCGAUUGAUUACAACCGACACGCGGUGGUCAUGGAGCUCAUGAGCGGCUAUCCCCUAUGUCAGAUCCACCAUGUUGAAGAUCCUGCCUCUGUGUAUGAUGAAGCAAUGGAACUCAUCGUCAGACUUGCGAAUCAUGGGCUGAUUCAUGGAGACUUCAAUGAAUUCAAUCUCAUUUUGGAUGAACAUGACCAUAUCACCAUGAUUGAUUUUCCGCAGAUGGUUUCCACUUCUCAUCCCAAUGCUGAAUGGUAUUUCGACAGAGAUGUUAAGUGUGUGCGAGAGUUCUUCAUGAAGCGCUUCAACUAUGAAAGUGAGCUUUACCCGACAUUUAGUGACAUCAGGAGGGAAGAUUCUCUAGACGUGGAGGUGGCUGCCAGCGGUUACACAAAGGACAUGCAGGCGGAUGAUGAACUGCUUCACCCAGCCGGGCCAGAUGACGGAGAUGCUGAGGCAGAGGGGGAUUCGGAUUCUUCACCUUCUGACGAAGAGGAGUCAGAGAAGAGGAAGGUCUGUAGGUCGGAGAUCGGAAGUAAACAGAGCUCUGUGGAUGAGCCAAGUGGCCACUGUCGCAGGUCAUCUGGAGAACUCGAGCAAAUACAGGAAGACAGUCUGUCAGGUGACAGUGCUGGCGCAUCUGCCUUUGAAAUGACGGGUGUCAGUCAAGCUUUAGAGGAAAUCGAAGGGCAGGUCGCUGAAAGCAGUUCAGUGCCCGAGUUUCCUGGGGAGAAGGACAGAACUGAAACUGGCGCAGUGUGGGACGGACAGGCUGCUCCCGGAGGAGUCCCUGCUGGCCCUGACGAGUGCGACGACCACUGUCCCGAUCUGAUUCCCCUGUCGUCGCUGAACAAGGAGUUCAGGCCUUUCAGAGAUGAAGAAAGUAUUACUCAGCAUAGAACAAGAACUCUGAGCAUUACUUCCACAAGCAGUGUUGUGAGCUGUUCCACGAUUCCUCCGGAACUGGUGAAACAGAAGGUGAAACGUCAGUUGACAAAACAGCAAAAAUCAGCCGCAAGACGUCGGCUACAGAAAGGAGAGGCCAACAUAUUUACCAAGCAAAGGAGAGAUAAUAUGCAAAAUAUUAAAUCAAGUUUGGAAGCAGCCAGCUUUUGGGGGGAAUAACCUGUGUUAAGAUGUUGCAUAGAGGCUCACGUUGUAGUGCAGCGGGUAAAACCGCUGAUGACAAAGCCAACAUCCCAUACUUUAGUGCUGGCUUAAUCCAGGCCACCCUUGGGGAAGCAUCGAACAAAGACGCAAGUGCCCGGACCCCCAGCCGAAGCUGUGAGGGGGACCCACGUGAAGACGGCCAGCCCCGGCCCUGGCUGCUGGGAGUGAACCAGUGGAUGGAAGAUCUCUGUUUCUCCCUCUCUUUGCUGGCCUGCCUUUCAAAUAAAUAAAUUAGCCCUUUUUAUUUAAGGCCUUGGAUAUUUCUAGUUUAUAUUUUAUGUUACCAUAACCUCAUCUCCAGCCACAUUUAGUUCUGCUUUAGACAAAGACCAGUACAUCUGUAUAAUAUAUACACACAUACAAAAAUGCUCCACUCACCUACAAAUUUGUCUCAUUCCAUAUUUCCUCUAAAGAGAGAGGACUAAUGGUAAUUUGGCUGAAGAGUCCAUUUUUUUAAGUCCUUUUUUCAGGAUAAGUUCAUUAGAAAUUUUACAUGUAUUUUUUUUUUAAAUCUCAGUGAUCAGUUGGCUGAUUUGGGGGCUCUCUCCCUAGCAGGCUAAUUACACUUGCUUUCAGCUCCCAGCUUCUGUAUUUCCUAGAGGUUUCUUUUGAUGACAAAAGUUCAUUGCCUUUUGUUUGUUUCAUUCUUUAGAAGAAGGAAUAAGUCAGUACUGCAUAAUGCAACUUAUCAAAUAAUAGGUUCCUGGGUAUCUCCUGUGCCACUGACGUGGGUAGCAUGGCCCUGGUAACAGAUAGUCCUCCCACGGUGUUUAGCUGCCAGGUUGUACACUGGUCUCAGCAGGAGUCAGUAGACGAGGAUGCAACAAAGUAGAGGGAAGGAGAAGUGAAAAUCCUUUCUCUUUUUAAUGUUUUAUUUAUUUGAAAGCAGCAAAAUGAAGGUGUUUCCAUUUGUUAAAGCCAAGAACCAGACUGGCCCAGCCCCAGCCAUGCAGACACAAAGGAAAUCUCUGUUUGACUCUGCCUUUCAAAAUCAACAUAUAAAUGAAAAACUAAUUCUCUCCCCAAAGACUAGGUGUUUCUAAAAGUACUUUCUAAGCCAGUAAGCGUAGAG